AUGUCUCGCCAAACUGAUCUAUUGCCUACCCUUGACCACAUUGUCAUUCUCGUGUCGCAUGAUACCCUCCUGGGGUUGUCUGAACGGCUCCGAGAUAUCUUUAUUGUUGCUCCUGGCGGGACUCAUGCAGAUGGACUUACAUCGAACAAGCUAGUGUUUUUCCAGGAUGGGGUUUAUAUUGAAUUCAUCGCAUUUCAUGACAAUAUCGAUCAUGAGCGGCGCAAGAAGCAUCGCUGGGGAACUCUCAAAGAAGGCUCUAUCAUCGACUGGGCAUUUACGUAUCCUCCUGGUCGCGAUUUCAGUCCCACCAAGCAACGAGUCUUGAACGCCGACACAGGCUUCUUGUAUGGGGAGCCAGCAUUCGGGGGACGCAAGAGAGAAGACGGAACGAUACUGGAGUGGAAAAUUAGUGCGCCAACAGAUGCACUUGGUAGCCCGAUUUCGCCUGGCUGGCUGCCUUUUUGGUGUUUAGACAAAACACCCAGAGAAUUACGCGUUCCUUAUGAGGUUGAACCGGCCUUGACUCAGCAUCCCUCCGGCGUGCAUGGUGUUGCUUCAUUGUCAUUGUUUGUUCCCGAGAAAGAUCUCUCAAAUCUAGGAAAGACAUACGCAUCGAUAUACGAUGAAACUCCAACGAUUUCGGAUGAUCAAGGUUGGGAAUAUGAGGUUCCUUCAGGGUCAGCCACUGGAAGGCACAUUAUAUCUUUGUUGAGAUAUGAAGAAAGUCCAGAGGUGACUAUCAAGUUAGCUUUGGAGGGCCCCAAGUGCGGCAAGGUCGAAAUUCUCCCAGGGCUUGAGAUUGAUAUUGAGUAG